UCUCUCUCUCUCUCUCUGAUACUAAGCAAUGGCGGUCACAGCUUCUCUAACCAUGGCGAGACUGAUUACAGCUCCGUCAGCCACUUCAUUCUCGAACACAGCUCGUUUACAGCCCAAGACCCUCUCUUCAAAUUUCUCCUUCGCUUCUCCUCUCCGCCUUAGUCUCCGACGCUCACCUCUCAGAUGCGCCACCACUUCCGCCUCCAAAACCCUCAUCGCCUCCACCAUUUCAGUCGGUGACAAACUUCCAGAAUCCACCUUUUCUUACUUAGACUCCGCCGAAGAAGUCCAAACCAUCACAGUCUCUGACCUCACCAAGGGCAAGAAAGCUAUUUUGUUCGCUGUACCUGGAGCUUUCACCCCUACUUGUUCUCAGAAACAUCUUCCUGGGUUUGUUGAGAAGUCUGGUGAGUUGAAGGCGAAGGGUAUCGAUACCAUCGCUUGUAUCUCGGUGAACGAUGCUUUUGUGAUGAAGGCUUGGAAGGAGGAUUUGAAGAUUGAGGAUGAGGUCUUGUUGCUUUCUGAUGGGAAUGGAGAAUUUACGAGGGCGAUUGGGACUGAGCUUGAUCUUAGUGAUAAGCCUGUUGGGUUGGGGGUGCGUUCCAGGAGGUAUGCUCUUCUUGCGGAUGAUGGGGUUGUGAAAGUUUUGAAUUUGGAGGAGGGUGGUGCGUUUACGGUGAGCAGCGCUGAGGAUAUGCUCAAGGCUCUCUGAUUUUGGUCAGGUUGUAGUCUCUUUGUUUCUUCUUCUUCUUGUCCCCCCCCCCCCCCCCUUCUUUUAGUAUGUAGUUUGGGGUGUUCUCUGUCAAUCUGAGUCAAAUUUGAAUCCUCUUGAAUUGAGUUUGACGCCAUUCUCUUCAAUGUCUGGCUCUCUUUUUGUUUCUGUUAUAUCUGUAGUAUCUAAAUUUUAUCGGGAUAUGUCUUGGUAAUAUGAGCUUUCAUAAUAAAAUGGAGAAGAGCCAC